AUGGUCUACACUUUUGUCAUGUGGGCAGUGUUCGGAAUUGUACUGCUUGCGACAGUGUUCUCGCGAUUCGUACAAUUGCGUAAGAGGAAUGGAGAUGGCGCUAAGCAGGGCCUCUGCUAUCGCCUUGUGCGAUCCAUGUCCGCGGCUGUCAGACGGUAUCUUACUCCUGAAUGCUCGAAGAUAUUCAGGUACACUACAAGGCUGCAAGUUUCCAUCCUGGCCAUCCUUUGUGCCUAUCUCAUCGUCUUUUCGCUGGUAGGAAUCACCUACAAGAGUUGGAAAACGCCGAUCAAAGACUCCAACCUAUUCAACACUCGCAGCGGCAUUGGUGGGUUCGCUGACCGCCUCGGUGCAUUCGCGUUCGCUCUCACACCCUUGACGAUUGCGUUAUGCGCUCGCGACUCAGUGCUUAGUAUACUUACCGGUAUCCCUUACCAGAGUUUUAACUUCCUGCACCGCUGGACGGGUAGAAUCAUUCUUGUUCAGUCAUUCAUUCACUGUAUCAUCUGGACCAUAGUUGAGGGAUAUUUGUACCAGCCCCAACCAAAAGUCUAUAUCAAUUGGAUCAAACAAGAGUAUAUGAUCUGGGGCAUCGUGGCUCAGGCCUUCAUCGUCUUCCUUUUCGUCUUCAGCUUGAGACCUGUAAUCCGCUGGACGGGCUACGAAUUCUUUCGCAAGUCUCACUUCAUCGUGGCGAUAUUGUACAUUGGCGCUUGCUGGGGCCACUGGAAGCAGCUCUCCUGCUGGAUGGUCGCUUCUUUUGCCAUCAUGGGGCUCGAUCUUGUCGCUCGCACCGUCCGCACCUCUCUCAUUCACUUCGGCUACAAGAGUGGAAGCAGCGGUUUUGGGUUCAGAUCCAUUCCUGCUAAGAUGGAGGUUCUCGAAGACCCCACAGGCACGAUCGUCCGUAUGACGUUCACCUACGCGAUGCACCCAUGGGAACUCGGCCAGCACUUCUACCUCACAUUCCCUGCGCUUAGCAUCUGGCAGUCGCACCCCUUCACACCGGCAUCGAAUCCAACGACUAUGUCUCCGGUCCAAACUCACACAUACAUUAUCCGCGCCUGCAAUGGUGAGACUAAAAAGCUAGCCGAACUUGCGAAGGCAGCUAUGAACCGCUACCCUGUUGGCGAUGACACAACAUCAGUCAUCAUGCAAGGCCCGUACGGCGGCUCAAUCGUCAACAGCGAAGCGUUAAAUGUUCUCGCGAUAUCUGGCGGCACGGGUGUCACAUACACGCUUCCCGUCAUCAAAGCUGCGCUCGCCCAAACAUCGCCUGUACGCAACAUCGAGCUCAAUUGGACCGUCCGGCACCUUGAGAACCUGACCUGGAUUGGCCCCGAACUCGCAUACCUCAAAUCACAACUCGAUCAGAUCCGCACGGGAGCAAAUCACAUACAUGACAACGACAAGCUCGAAAAAGUGCCCAUAGUAAGAGCUGAGACCAAGAAACACUUCCGAAUCCAGAUCUUCGUCACCAGACCCGAAGCGCGCAUGCUUGCGCGCCGGCCACCGCCUGCCCGCCGCCUACGGUCAGAUGAGAAGAUCCCGAAAUAUGACGUCGGUGAGAAGCUGUCUCCCGUAUCGACGAUGUCCAGUUUCUACUCGGAGGAGCUCGAGGAUCUGAUCAGCGACUGUCCUGGCUUUAGUAUCAUGUAUCUGGAUAACGCUCGGCCGGAUGCUAGAUCACUGGUUGAUGCGUUCAUGGAGGAGACGGUUGAGGAGGGUAGGACGCAGGUUGUUGGGUCUGGACCACCGGCGCUGGGGACGCAGAUCAGGGCUGCUGUUGCGGCGAAGAACGUACCGGGAAAUGUUUGGCACGGCGAUGAGAAGGGAGAUGUAGAAUGUGUAUGGGAUGACAGGAUGGGAUGA